AUGUCGGCUCUGACACUGUUUGAACUAUCCCAUGUAUUCACAAUUGUUGAGUUCUUUGCCAGCACUUUUACCAAUCUCAUUCUAAUAUUUCUCACUGCUUUUUACGUGAAAAAUUUGUUCGGAACCUACAAACGAAUGGUCAUUUAUUUUUCAACGCUUGGAAUUGUAUUUUCAGCAUUAGAAAUUACCGCAAAACCGUUUUCUCACAACUAUAACGGUUCUCUACUAUAUUUCAGUACAAGCGAGUUGCCUGAAACUUUUGUAUCUUUAUUAAUGUCAUCUUGGAGCGCGUUUUAUAUAAUUGUAGUUGCAUUUAUAGCAGUACAAUUUGUCUAUAGAUAUCUUUGUUUGACUAACUACAAUGCAACAAAAAAAUUUGAUGGCGUCAAAACUGUUUUUUGGAUAAUUUAUCCCUUAGUGCCAGGGGCAUUCUACACUAUUUCCAUGAAUUUUCUGUGUGCAGCCGAUGAAUAUUCCGAUAGUUACGUACAAGCUACAAUAAGUAAAAAUUACGGGCUCGAGGUGUCAAAGUUGCCAAGAUACUCUAUGAUCGCAUUUUCUGCCGAUGGAUCCUUACGGUGGAAUACAGUUAUAUAUUUGAUCAUAGGAAUUUCUUCAAUAAGUUUUCACUAUUUUAUCAUUAUAGUGUGCUGCUACAAAAUGCACAUCUCCAUGAAAAUAGAACUGGCAAAGUUUUCCGUCAAAAACCAGACGCUUCACCGUCAAUUUUUCAAAGCGCUCAUCGUACAAAUAAUCGGUCCAACUAUUUUUCUGAUCAUUCCGACCAUCCCAAUUUUCUUCGCACCGUUGCUCUCGCCUAUUCUCAAAAUUGAUGUCGACUGGCAGACGGGCAACUUAUUUGCCCUUGUUGGCUUUAAUGCUCCAUUUGACAGUAUUGCAUUUAUGUUAAUUGUUUCAGAAUAUAAAACAAUCGUUAAACAGAAAUUGUGCGGCGUUUCGGUGGUUUCGGUGGUUUCAACAGCAAUAGUUACUCAGCCAGUGCUUUUUUGA